AUGGCGCACGCUGGCAUCGGGCGAUCGGGUCAGCAGCUCGUCGCCCGCCCGCCGGCCGCGGACAGCCCCAUCCGCAGCCUCCUUUGCGGCACGGGCGCAUGCAGCGGCCGCGGCGGCGGCGCCAGGGACUCGACUCAAGCCGCAGCCGACCGCGCCUACGAGGCCGCCCUUGAACUCAGCAGGCAGCAGCAGCACGGCGCCGCGCGCGAAGCGUUUGAGGAGCUGCUGCGCGCGCACCCCAACAUGUGCAAGGCCUGGGUCAGCUACGCGCAGAUGGAGAAGCGCAUCGGCCGCCUCGGGGACCCUCAGCGCCUGCACAUCGCUCGAUUUGUGCUCCAGAGAGGUCUGUCCUCAAACCCCGACAGCGCCUGCCUGGCGCAGGCCUGGGGACUGCUGGAGCUGCAGAGGUGA